GGCUCUUGGGUAUUUCAGACAUUGCAUGCAUGGGAGCAGUGGUUGUGUUGGUUGCUAUAAGAAGCCCACACUAAUUACACUGGAACCAAAAGAAUUUUCAAAACAAAGCAAGGCUGUGAAGAAACCUAGCACAUCUGACGAUUUCUGGACCACCAGCACGCAUGAUAUGGACAAUAGUGCUGUACAAUCACAGGGAAGCAUCUCAUCAACCAGUGUAACAAACCAAGCCCCAGAUCCUCAUGGUGGUUCUAGCAAAACAUGCAAUCCCACUGAAUUUGUAAAUCAUGGUCUCAUUCUCUGGAAUCAGACUCGUCAACAGUGGGUAGGAAACAAGAAGCCUCAAAUUCAAUCACAGCAGCUGCGAGAACCCAAACUGAGUUGGAAUGCGACAUAUGAAAGUUUACUUGGAAGCAGCAAACCAUUCCCUCAGCCUAUCCCUCUUCCCGAAAUGGUAGAUUUUCUAGUGGACAUUUGGGAACAGGAGGGCCUAUAUGACUGAAACACGAGUGAUGUUGGAUUUAAAAUCCUUGAAAUAAUUUUAGUUCUUGCUCCUGUGUUAGGAAGGGGAAGAUUGAGCUCACUGCAUUUUGUACAUCAAUUGUAAUUUUAUCUGCCCCAUGUUAUCUGCUAGUGAUGAGGCACUAAUUUUCUCUAUGCUGCAACUUUGUCUCUUUUAAGUGAUGCUGAUUGGCCAUCUUUAGUGCAUGAAGGAGCCAGUUUUGAUUGAGGGGGUGAAAAAGCCUUCUUUUUCACGCCAGCGGAUUAGUGUUA